AUGGCCUCAGCUAAGGACACAGCCAUCAUUGCAGACAGCUUAGGCAACUUCUCCCUCCGCAAUAACACACCAGUAUCGGAGCCUGAUCUAGGCGAGGUCCAGGUCCGAGUUUCCUACUCUGGUGCCAACCCAGCCGACAUCAAGCACACCACUGAGCUAGGCGUCACAGACACCACCCUAGGCUACGACUUUGCUGGGAUAGUGAUACAGUCACGCUCGUCCAGAUUCAAAGACGUCGAUGUAGUUACCAGCUACACUCCCACAAGCUGUGGCAGACUGCAUAAGCGCGGCACACAUCAAGAUAUUUUGGUCUAUAUCUCAUAA